UCAAAAGAAGCAGCUAGCACAGGUUAAAACUGGAUCAGAAGCUAGUCCUUUAUACCAGAGAGGAUUGCAAUAGAAACCAUGAUCAACUCUUUAGUUUGUUUCUAUCAUUAGUUUGACUUUGUUUAAGCUGAUGAGAUAGGACAGAAGCAGAAGCAGGUCAUUUGUUGCUUAAAUUCCAGUUCAGUUUGCUGGGAGCAGAGAAAAUUAAGAAGCAAACAUGGAUAAUGACUAUGAGCGAUGGGAUUUAUGGAAUCUACGGUUUUGUGUUAUCCUGAGCAUCGUCCUACAGCCUACCUUAGCGCUCUUGCCAUCCAUGAGGCAGCGAUACAAAUCCGUCUGGGUGCACAUAUUGAUCUGGUCCGUCUUCUUGCUAUCAGAUUGGAUACCCGUUUAUGCUCUUGGUCAAACCAUCCAAAGCCCCAGUGACGUGAAGGACUCCAACUCCAUUUCCGAAGAAAAUAGAGAAAUUUUUGUAUUCUGGGGACAGUUUUUCUUGGUCUAUCUUGGAACAACUGACAGCCUCUUGGAUAGAGGUAUUUGGCUGAAGCAACUUGCUGGGGUCAUUCUACAGCUUGUGUUUACUGCCAAUAGCUUGUUUAUGCUCGUAGUAGCCAAAAGCCAUAACCUACGGGCCGCCACGCUCCUGGUGUUCUUUGUGGGAGUUAUCAAGUGCUUUGAAAGAGUGAAUUCUCUUCUCAAUGCAGGCUUUGAAAGUUUUGGACAAGUUUUGUUGCCCAAACCGAACCCCGGACCUGACUAUGAAGAGGUUGUCACGGCAUUCUCAAGGACACCAACGACGGGUGCGCAGGUGAUCCGAAUGCCGUCAGACCGGAUGAAUAUGACGCUGCUUAACUCUGAGAACUCCAACACAGAAUUCAAUGAUUUCCGAUUGAAGGAAGAAGCAUAUUCAAACUUGAAGGCAUUCAAGGUCCUCUUAGCUGGCUCUUCUGUGAGCUUCGAGGAUCGAGAAAAGAGCAGGGAGUUUUUCCUGAGACUUAACAAAUCAGCUAAUGCUUUUAGAUUAGUUGAGUUAGAGCUCAACAUCUUGAACGAUUUUCUCCAUAACAAGGCGGCUACAGCACAGAACAGGGUUGAGGUCUCUUUGCGAUCUAUUUGUUUCGCCUUUAUAAUUGCUGCCUAUAUAUUGUUUUACGUAGCUAAGAAGGAUGAUUAUAGUGAUACUGAUAUUAAUCUUACCUACCAAUUGAUGGUUGCACCCAUUUUACUUGAUAUCACAUUUAUACCAACGCUCAUCCUUUCUAAACGGAGCUCCCUUUGCGGAGAAUCAUCCUGGAGAAAACGUAUAGCUGCAUUUAUGCUGAAACAAAAAAGAUGGUCCAGGUCAGUCUCCCAGUAUGAUAUGAUCAGCUAUUGCCUAGGUAGCCGCCCAAGGCUAGUACUCUGCAGGUUGAUUCGAAGUAAUUUUCAUCUCGAAGGAUAUAUAGACAGGACGAGAACAGCCUUUGUUUCUUCCGCAGUUCCUGUCACUAAAGAUCUGCAGGAUUUUAUUUUCAAUGAGCUCAAAACAAAAUCUGAGAAUGCAGACAAUUUAAAGGAUGCGGCAGAAGCAUGUUCACAAAGGGGUAGUUCAGCCCUCUUGCGGAGUAGGAGUACCACUCCCGAGUCUACAAAACUUAAAUGGAGCAUUGAAGAGUUCGAUUAUAUGAAGAGCCUUCUCCUUUGGCACUUGGCCACCGAGUUCUGUUAUCAGCUUGAUCAGGAGGAAGACCUGUUGUCAAGCACUCAAAGAGAGCAUAAAAACAUUUGCAAGCUUGUCUCAGACUAUAUGUUUUAUCUACUGGUCACACAGCCCAAAAUGUUGCACCCAGAUCUUGGAAAUUGGGGCGUAACCUUCCAAGACACUCGGGCAGAGGCCGAAAGAUUUUUUGAAAAGCACUCAAUAUUGCGCCAUUUGGAGGCCUGUGAGAAGCUGAAUAAGGUAGAAACACCAUACAGAUCGGCUAAAGUGAAGGGAGACAUGAGCAAGUCUUUGUUGUUUGAUGCGUGCAUCCUCACUAAAGAGCUAAGAGCUAUGGAGCAGAAGAGGUGGGAGGUUAUGGCCAGAGUGUGGGUAGAAUUGAUGUCUUUUGCUGCCAUUAAUUGCCUGCCCGCCAUACAUGCGCAGCAACUAAGUAGAAGCGGAGAACUUUUGACUCACAUUUGGCUACUGAUGAACCAUCUGGGUUUGGGAACGCAGUUCUUUGAACAGGAAAGGGAACAUGGAAAGAUAUGAGAUAUAAGCAGAGGAGAUGAGACCUAGAAUGUUCACUGGAUGCUUAGCUUCAAGAACUAUUUUAGGGAUGAAGAUUAUGUUUAUUAUUGAGGUUUCUUAUUAUGCUUGGAUUGUCUUUAUAUAUAUUUUCACUAGGCUUCUAUUGGUAUCCUCUUAGUGUUUGCAGUGGGAGAGGUUUCGAGUUGAUUAGAUAAAACCAUAUUACCUCAUGUCACAUUCCGGUUGUUCUCGUUUGGCCUUUGAUUUGAUAGGUUCUACAUAGACUCGAUUAUGUUGUGUUUCAGCGGACUUUUGAGUUGAUAAUGUAGCAGAUUAUUGGAAAUUCUCUCUUUGACUC